AUGGAGGCGGCGCGGGAGUCCAUGGCGGCGCUCCUCGACGCCGGCCUCUUCGGCCCCGCCCAAACGCUGGGGUGUUUCCUUGUGUCCUCGGUGGGUGCGGGCAACGAUGCUGGUAUGUCCAUGAAGGUGGAAAGCCUGGUCCAGCAUGGUGAUGCUUUGUAUGGAGAGAAAGAAUUCCGCAGGGCACUGAACGCGUACAAGCAAGCUAUGCAAUAUAGUAGAAGUAUCCCUAGGCAAGCAACAAGUAACGCCAGAAGUUCAGUAUCUGCCACAGGCCGGUCACCUUCUCCAAAUUCUUCAAAUCUCUUAUCAUUCAAUGAAAAUGAGGUGAAGUUUAAGAUUGCUCUUUGCCAUUCUGCUCUAUGUGAGCACCGUGAAGCACUUCAUGAGAUGGAAGGUAUUCCUUCCAAAGUGAGAACACUGAAAAUGAAUAUGAUGUUAGGGAAGCUUUAUCGAAUAUCAAGAAAUAGCCGUACAGCUGCUGUCUGUUAUAAGGAGUGCUUGAGGCAAUGCCCUUAUGUUUUCGAAGCUAUCACAGCUUUGGCGGAAAUGGGGCUUUCAGCAAAGGAAUUUUCUUUAUUAUUUCCACAAGCACCAAAUAGAGGAGGCAAGGUGCUGGGUGACUUUGUAGAUGCACAACGUUGGUGGACUCGGUAUGUUGAGGCGCAGUGUUGCAUUGCUUCACAUGAUUAUAAAGGUGGCCUUGACAUAUAUCUAGAACUAAUGCAACGGUUCCCCAAUAAUGUGCAUAUCUUGCUGGAAAUUGCUAAGGUUGAAGCCAUCAUAGGCAGGAAUGAUGAAGCAAUAAUGAACUUUGAGAAGGCCCGGUUGAUUGAUCCAAACAUUAUGACAUAUAUGGAUGAGUAUGCAAUUCUUCUAAAGUCAAAAUCUGACUACAUCAAACUGAAUAAGUUGGUACAUGAUAUGCUGCAUAUUGAUCCUGCAAGACCAGAGACAUGUGUUGCUCUUGCAGCAAUGUGGGAAAGAAAGGAUGAAAGAAAAGCUUUGACAUAUGCAGAAAAGAGCCUCCGAGUUGAUGACAGGCAUAUAACUGGCUAUAUUAUGAAGGGCAAUUUGCAUCUUUCAUUGAAUCGACCAGAUUUGGCAGUGACAGACUUCAGGGGGGCUCAAGAAUUGAGAGCUGAUCUUCGUUCUUAUCAAGGUUUGGUGCGUGCUUAUCUAGCACUUUCUAAAUGCAAAGAAGCAUUAUUCACUGCACGUGAGGCAAUGAAGGUUAUGCAUCAGUCUGCAAAAGCUCUCAAGCUAGUUGGCGAUGUUCAUGCAAUUAGUUCCAGUGGGAGGGAGAAGGCAAGAAAGUUCUAUGAAUCAGCCAUUCGUCUUGAACCUGGAUUUCUUGGAGCUGCACUGGCCCUGGCUGAUCUGCAUGUUGUGGAAGGACGGAAUAAGGAGGCUGUUAUGCUACUGGAAAAAUAUCUAAGACAAUGGGCAGAUGAUUCUCUACACAUCAAGUUGGCUCAAGUACAUGCGGCAACAAAUAUGCUUUCUGAUGCACUUUCCCAUUAUCAAUCUGCACUAAGAAUAAACCCACAAAAUGAAGCUGCAAAGAAUGGAUUGGAGCGCUUGGAGAAACAAAUGAAGGGAGUGGACCCAGAUGCUCCGGAAGAGGAUGAAGAGAAUGAGGAGGAUGAUAUCGACGAUCGGGAUGAGUUUAUUUGA